CUUCUAAGACAAGUAUUCAUCAUUUUAAAGAACCCACAAACGGGCCAAUCCAAAGCUUUUCUGCUUUUGUUUUAGCUUGUAUCUUUGUGUCUCGGCCUGCCUGCAGGUAGAUUCUGACACAGAGUUGAAAACCCAAGUCACCAAAGAGGGGGCACUUUUCUCCAGAAAUAAGCAUUUAGUGUGCAUUGAUGGGAGUUGGUGUAGUGGAAGACUUGAGUCUUUGAUUUGUUGAGUGGUUUUGACAUAUGGGUGAUUUCUAGAAAUGGGGUUUUGAUUGAUCAGCUGUUUAGAACCUAAAGUUUACAUCUUUACUAGAUUUUGCUUGCUCCAAGAAGAAGGAAUAUUUUGCUUGCUUCCCAUCCCCAUGGUAACCAUGAGGUUGCUGCUGUUUCUGGCUUUGUGCUCAGGGAUUCAAGUGGUGUUCUCCGAUGACGCUGCUGCACUUGAAUCCUUAAAGGCUUCGUGGCAAAAUUAUCCACCCAGCUGGGACCAGUCAAGUGAUUACUGUGUGUGGGAUGGAAUAACCUGCAAUCAGGAAUCCAGUGUGACUGCAAUGAAAUUAUCACUCAUGGGCCUGGUAGGGGAUCUUAGUAGCGACCUUGGGGGACUCACUGAACUAACAGCCUUGGACCUUUCAUUCAACCCUGGCCUUACUGGUACUCUCUCUCCAGAAUUAGGGAAGCUGAAAAAAUUAAAUAUUCUGAUCCUAGCUGGCUGCAAAUUCACUGGCAGUAUUCCCGAUGCAUUGGGCAAUCUUGGAGAACUAACCUUCUUGGCUCUGAAUACAAAUAGUUUUACUGGUAAGAUACCUGCUUCUUUGGGUAAUCUCUCCAAACUCUACUGGCUGGACCUUGCAGAAAAUCAGUUGACUGGAUCCAUCCCAGUUUCAACUGCAACAUCGCCAGGCUUGGACCAACUAGUGACUGCUAAACAUUUCCAUUUCAACAAGAAUCAGCUUUCAGGUUCAAUUCCAGCCAAACUAUUCAGCGCUAAUAUGAGCCUGAUACAUGUGUUGUUUGAUGGAAACAAAUUGAGUGGGCCUAUUCCAUCAACAAUAGGACAACUUCAGUUUCUUGAGGCUCUUCGGCUUGAUAGAAAUGCUCUGACGGGAACAGUCCCUGCAAAUAUUAGCAACCUUUCAAAUGUCAAUGAAUUAAAUUUGGCCUUCAACAAUUUGACAGGCCCUUUGCCCGACUUGACUGGAAUGAACUCCCUGAAUUAUGUGGACCUUAGUAACAACUCAUUUAACCAAUCAGAAGCACCAAGUUGGUUCUCAGCUUUACCUGCACUCACCACUCUGGUUAUAGAAUAUGGACCACUUCAAGGUACUGUGCCAGAGAAGCUUUUCAGCUUACAAAAUAUACAGACAGUGAAACUGAAAAAUAAUGCAUUUAACAACACAUUGAACUUGGGUGAUAGCAUCAGUGCACAACUAGACCUUGUUGAUCUGGAGAACAAUGAUAUAUCCCUUGUCACUAUGGGUUAUGAGUACAAAAAUUCCCUAAUACUUGUAGGGAACCCUGUGUGCAACAGAACCACUGGGCUAUCAUAUUGUACGAUUCUGCAACCUACAGUAUAUUCUACUACAGUGAAUUGUGGAAAUGCUAAAUGCCCCGAGGAUCAGAAGCUCAGCCCUCAGAGUUGUCAGUGUGCAUAUCCGUUUGAAGGAACACUGUAUUUUAGAGCACCAACUUUCAGGGAAUUAUCAGAUGCAACUAAGUUUCACUCCCUAGAAAUGAGCCUGUGGUCGAAACUUGCCCUCAAUCCUGGUUCAGUUGAUCUACAGAACCCUUUCUUCAACGUUGAUGACUAUCUUCAAGUACAGUUGGCACUCUUUCCAUCUACAGGAACCCAUUUUAAUAGAUCAGAGGUUCUGAGGAUUGGUUUUGAUCUGACCAAUCAAACUUACAAGCCGCCUGUGGAGUUUGGUCCCUAUUUAUUUCUUGCAGCUCCUUAUACUUUCCGGGCCGCGCAUGGGAAAUCUGUAAGCACUGGUGUUGUCAUUGGGAUAGCAAUUGGUUGUACCUUACUGGUUGUGGGCUUAGUGGCAGUCGGAAUAUAUGCCAUUCGGCAAAAGAAACGUGCAGAAAAAGCCAUUGGAUUAAGCAGACCAUUUGCUUCUUGGGCACCCAGUGGAAAAGAUAGUGGAGGUGCACCACAAUUAAAGGGAGCAAGAUGGUUUUCUUAUGAGGAGCUUAAGAAGUGCACCAAUAAUUUUUCUGACAGUAAUGAGAUAGGAUCUGGCGGCUACGGCAAGGUUUACAGGGGCAUGUUUGGUGAUGGACUAGUAGUGGCAAUCAAAAGAGCUCAGCAAGGAUCAAUGCAGGGUGGUCUUGAGUUCAAGACUGAAAUUGAGUUGCUCUCACGAGUUCAUCACAAAAAUCUUGUUGGUCUCGUUGGGUUUUGUUUUGAACAAGGAGAACAGAUGCUGGUUUACGAAUAUAUGCCUAACGGAACACUUAGGGAAAGUUUGUCAGGGAGAUCUGGAAUUCAUCUUGACUGGAAAAGAAGACUCCGAAUCACUCUUGGCUCAGCAAGAGGGCUCGCUUACCUACAUGAGCUUGCAAACCCUCCUAUAAUUCAUAGAGAUAUCAAGACCACCAAUAUUCUAUUGGAUGAAAAUUUAACAGCAAAGGUUGCAGAUUUUGGCUUGUCCAAGCUGGUUUCUGACAGUGCAAAAGGGCAUGUAUCAACUCAGGUCAAAGGCACACUGGGAUAUCUGGAUCCUGAAUACUACAUGACUCAACAGUUAACUGAGAAGAGUGAUGUAUACAGUUUCGGAGUGGUUAUGCUUGAAUUGAUAACUGCAAAGCAACCGAUUGAGAAGGGAAAAUACAUUGUCCGUGAGGUACGCAUGGCAAUGAACAAGGAUGAUGAAGAGCACUAUGGGUUGAGGGAGUUAAUAGACCGAAACAUUAGAAACUCAGGACCACUUAUAGGGUUCGCAAGGUUCUUGGAGUUGGCCAUGCAAUGUGUCGAAGAAUCAGCUGCAGAUCGUCCAACAAUGAGUGAUCUUGUGAAAGCUGUUGAAACCAUUCUACAGAAUGAUGGCAUAAAUACAAACUCAACAUCAGCCUCUUCAUCUGCCACAGACUUCAAUUCUUCAAAAAGUGCUAAACAUCCAUACAACGACGGUUUGCCAAAGAAGGAAAUGAGGGACAGUACUGACGCCUUUGAAUACAGUGGCGGAUACGCAGUUUCUUUAACUCCAGGGAGGAACGGUAAGAAUAAAAAGAGUAUUCGAAGCUCUGCCCCAACUUUUCUUCCACAGAAUCUCUCACAGUUUUUGUGUCAAUUUAGGGAAUGCCGUACAGCCCAGGCUUGAUUUGAAUCGCAGUGACA